AUGGGGAGGGAAGAAUCAUCCGUAAAUCGGGCAGAUCUGCACAUUGCUCUUCUUCCAAGGGAAGCUUGGAUUCAAAAGCUCAAUUAUGCGCAGUUUCAGUCGAUUUCGGAUGCAGUUUCUUUGGGUUUUGUUAGAGUUGACCCGGAUUUCAGUUUGAGUCUGAUCCGGAAAGAAAUCUCCCGUCAAAUAAGAUUUCGGGAAAGCUUCACCUUUCUUCGCCAUGUCGGCCGGGCCCUGGUCGUCGUCAAGAAGAACCAGGAAGAGGAACUCAGGCACAGAGGUCGGAGAAGUUGUUUGAUUUGGCAUUUGGUUCUUUCAAAUUUCAAUGUUAAAUUACAGCACGGAGUAGUACAACUGGAAAAAUUGGCAAAGGAAAAUUCUCAAGCUAACAAAGCCAUCAGAAGACUCUACGAAGAAGGAAUUCUGGAAGACAUUUUCCGAUUCUUCGAAACCGACAAAGACCGAAUCCGCUUUAUCGAAUGGAUGUCCGAGCAGACCUCCCUCGACGACCUUAUUCAUCAAAUGAAGGACGACCCAUUUUCAGGAAUUAAAAGCUAUCUGAUCAAGCAGGGCACGUUUUGGAACGAAGCCCAAACAGCGAUGGCAGCAAAUGUCGACAAGCGACGCAGAUUCGUCUGGGGCAGCACUGGCGCCGACGCGGAAGCAGCGAAAAUUCUCAAAAACCUGGAAGAAAGAUUCGAUGACCUUCGGGCGACCAAGCCAGAGCCUUCUGAAGCGAGCCCGCAGCAAAGCAGAAGCCGACUUGGACCGAAAGGAUACAACAACGAGUACAGCGACGAUGAUGGAUACGGAUAUAGCGACGAAGAAAAUUACCAGCGGCGGGAGGAUGAUCGAUCUUACGAAAAUGGAUACUCUAAAUCGCACGAUAGAAAGGCGAGAGAAUCAAAGAGAUACCAAAGCAACGAGCUUGAUUAUCACCACGACCGGGACAUACUCAAAGACAGCCAGAAAGGCAACGAGAAUCAGUCGCAAUUUCCAUCAACAAGUACCAACGAAGAACUUGAAGAGAAAAUCCGCCAAGCCCGCGCCGAGCAAGAAGCAUUCCGCCGCGAAGAAGAGCGACGUGUCCGGACGGAAGCCGAAGAACGGAGACGGAAAAACGUCUCGCGCCUGAAUCGCCUCCGACAAGAGCAGAAAACCGCCGAGGAUCGUCGUCUAGCAGUCGUUGCGCAGGAAAGGCAUUUGAAAAAUGAAAUUGCUGAUAUUGAGGAGCGACGUGCAGAGCUGGAAAAACUAAUCAUGCUGGAAAUUGAACGAUCCAGACGACUAGAAGAGCAGCGAAAUCCAAAUUCAAAGGCCAAGAAUCCGUCGAAAAGAAAACCAGUGCUCGGAUCAGUAGAAUUCAAGCGGAAUGCCAAUCGUGAUAGAAUUAUUCAGAUGGCUGAGAGAAUAAAAUUCACAAAAUUGCGAAAUGAAAAUACGAUCAAACGAAUUGAAAACGAAACAGCCCGGCGUAAGAAGAUGGAAGAGGAACUCCGGCGGGUACGCUCGGAUAUGAUACGUGCAAAGAUUAGCCACAAUCGAACGUACCGGACCAACAACACCAAACGCAACAGAGCCAAAUAA